AUGGUUCUAAAAGUGGCAAAAAGACUCGUACAAGUACCUUGUAGGUACUUGGCAACGCAUCACAUGGUACUACCCGCUGAUACUUUCGAAGGAAAAGUUAUACCGAAAACUAGAGUUGUUAAUAAGGACAGAGUACGAGAGCAUGUUAAGUAUGGAGGAAGACAUAUCGUUACUAUGUUACCAGGUGCAGCUCCAGGUCCAAAAUUAAUGUCCUACGUGAAAGACGUCUUCAAAACUGCCAACGUUCCAGUGGAUUUCGAAGAAAUUCCCUACGAAGGCACAGAAGAUGAAGAAAAAACCGCCCUAUUCGGCCAUCUCUCCCUUACAUCUAUGCAUAGAAACGGUGUAGGAAUCAAGGGCAAUAUCGUUAAUCCGAACGAAAUUAUAAGCUCCAAUGUGGCUUUAAGACACGAACUGGAUCUGUAUGUUUGUGUGGUACGCAUCAAAAGCUAUCCGCACGUUAAAUGUGAGUAUGCAAUGUUGGAACAUUCAGCAAAACCCGGUAUAGUUGAAAGUCUAAAAAUCAUAACGGCAGAAAACACUGCAAGAUUUGCAGAAUGGUGUUUCGAGUUUGCUUUACAAGAAAACCGUAAAAAAGUAACAAUAGUGCACAAAGCAAACAUAAUGAAACUUUCUGAUGGCCUGUUUAUGAAAGUCGUCAAAGAUGUUGCCAGAAAUUUCCCUCAAAUCCAAGUUACCGACAUGAUUGUUGAUAAUGCUACAAUGCAGAUGGUCCAAGAUCCCACUCAGUUCGAUAUGGUUGUUACUCCGAAUUUGUAUGGCAAUAUUUUGUCGAAUAUUGCUUGUGGAUUGGUUGGCGGUGCUGGGUUGAUGUCUGGAAGGAAUUUCGGACCCAAUUGUGCUUUAUUUGAGGCUGGAUCCAGACAUUUAACUUUCCUAGAUGAUGAUAAUUUGAAUCCUACAGCAAUGCUGAAUGCUUCCAUAGAUAUGUUGCACUAUUUAGGAAAAUCAAGACAUGCAGAUUUAAUUAAUAAAGCCAUCACAAAGACGCUUUCAGUUGAUAGAGUGCAAACUCAUGAUAUUGGAGGUGUUAACAGUAGCGACGAAAUGAUUGACAAAAUUAAGCAGAACCUGAAGGAAUUUAUGAAAAAUGAUGAACACAAAUUAUUUUAA